GGAUUUUCCCUAUGCAUUAAGUGUUGUACAGUUUGUUUGUUUGAAACAUACUGAGGCCUUAACCACAGAAACUGACUUUGAUAUGAACAUUCAGUGGAGUGUAUUCAUAUCCUGCCAGUCACUGCGUUUCACUACACACAUAAAACAGGUGUGAAGAGAACUGAUUUGUUUCAGUAAACUGAGAAGACAAACAACCAUUCCUGCAGGUUUUUAUCUCAGUGAAAGGGAGUAGAUUUUUGGCAAGAAGUCCUAGUAAAUAUGGAGUUCUUCAUUCUUGGACUUUACACACACACACACACACACACACACACACACACUCCCUCUCUCUCCCUGAGUUCAGUAGAUGCUGUUGAUAGACUGGAAGUUACACAUAAACACAUUAGAGGAUGAAGAACUUCACUUGGGAUGUUUAUUUUCACUACUGCUCUCUGUCACACACACACACACACACACACAUACACACACACACACACACACACACACACACAUACACGAACAUGAAUAAUUGAACCCUGGCAAAAUGACUGAGCCGUGAAUGUGUGUGUGCUCAUUUAGAAAUCUUUGCGUAUGUACACUAUCUCAGUUUGAGUGUGUUUGUGUGCAAGGGAAGGCGAGAGAGAUAGAUAUCAACACAGGCAGCCAGAGAGAGACUGAGAGAUCAGCAGAGAGUGAAAUGAAACGAGAGUGUGAUCAGAGGAGGCAGAAAACCAGACAGACAGAUCCUUCUCCGUUUGGAUCUGAUGAGACGCAACAUUGAACCCACAGAGACUGGAAAGAAAAGGAGUUUGAGUUCAGUCGGCUGUCGGUUCGACGUCCCUGUCAUGGACCUACUACCGGAGUUAGCAUCCUCAGUGUUAGCCUCCACAGUCAGCCAGCUGAGGGAGAGCGCUACUGUUCAGAGCAUCUACAGGAGGUUCAAGAGGAGAACCAUGUCGUCUCCAGAGAUGUGCUGGCCGGUGCCGAUGCGAGCCAUCGGGGCUCAGAACCUCCUCACAAUGCCAGGAGGAGUUUCAACUUCAGGAUACCUACACAAGAAGGGAGGCAGCCAGUUCAGCCUCAUGAAAUGGCCACUGAGGUACAUCAUCAUCCACAAGGGCUGUAUGUACUACUUUAAGAGCAGUACCUCUCCCACCCCACAGGGGGCGUUCUCUCUCAACGGCUACAACAGAGUGAUGAGAGCAGCCGAGGAGACGACAUCAAGUAAUGUGUUUCCUUUUAAGAUCGUCCACUUCAGUAAGAAACACAGGACGUGGUUUUUCUCUGCAGCCAGCGAGGACGAGAGGAGGAAAUGGAUGCGACACCUGCGGAGGGAGAUAGAUCACUAUAACGACAGAAAAGAGUCCCACAGUCCAAGUGACUCAGAUUCAGAUGCCGACAGUUUCUAUGGCACGAUUGAGAAGCCCAUGGAUAUUAAACACUCGGUGGAUAACACGCAAGAUGAUUAUGGCGAGGAUGAUGAUGAUGACGAUGAAGAAGACUAUCUGAAACCAGAUAAUGAAUGUUCGCCGACAUCAACAGGUCGCCCCACUGGGCCGCCCCCCUCCUACCCUCCUCCUCCGGUGCCAGCAGCACUCCAGCGGAGCCAAGACUCCAGUCCAGGUUUCAACAGAGGCCCGCCUCCUCCCAUCCCGCCACAACACAGAAUCCCAACCAGCCCGCUCCCCAAAAAAACCCCUCCCUCAAUACCGAUGGACCCCCACAAAGGCCCGCCCCCUACUCUCCCCUUUGCCCCCCACCUGCACAAGUCCUUGUCUCCCAACCCCCCAUUUCCUCCUCCCCCCAAUGCAAAGAGAACUUCUCAGAUCAGGCUGACCUCUUUGGGGGGGGCCGGGAACGACAAAAGAGACUGGAGGCCACUGCCGGCUGUAUUGGUCCAAUCCCCUGCCACUCUGCCCAUCUGCGACAAAUUAGAGGCCAUAAUGCUCCUAAAUGGUCCCGCCCACCGCUCCCUUCAUGCUGGAGAAAACAAAUCAAUGGGCAAUAAUCACCACACCGUGAUGAGCAACCAACACAGCAAGCCAGGCCUACCUCCUCAUUCGAAUUUUGGAGGGAUCAGCCUCAGGCCUGUGAUGUCAGACUCCCAGUCCUUCAGCAAAGCAUCGUCCAGUCGCCCACCAUCGCCUGAUCUCCCUCCGCUCUCUCCUCUACUUAAAACUGGACUGCUUAAGAAGCCACGGAUACCCAAAUCCGCUCCGCCAACAGUCAAACCCCCGCUGCCUGCAGCCAAGUCCAAGCCAGGAACCCCACUUCAAGCAUCUCCAGACGGCCAGAGCUUCCGUUCGCUUGGAGACGAGAUGCCCGCAGAGUCCAGGAGGAAACUGGAAUCAGCCAAACACAGCGGAGGAGACGAUUCUGACGACUACGAGAAUAUGCAGCUGCCAGACUCUGUGUUCAUUGAUUCGAGUGAAACCAGCUUUGUAGAAAAGUUGUUCAGAGAGAGCCUCAUCCCUCCACAGGACGGACUGUACGCUAUCAGAAACUCAGGAACCAAAACAGCAAAGGUGCUGGUGGUGUGGGAUAUCAGUGUAGGCAAACCCAGGAACUACCGACUGUUUGAAGAGAUGGACCGUGUGUUUCUGGAAAGUGAAGCCACGUUCCCCACUCUGUCAGACGUGAUCGAACACUACUACAGCCAUCCUCUCCCUCACCACGGCUCGCUCUGCCUGCAGAGGCCUUACACAAAGACACAUGACUUCUGAUCAACACAGUCAGACCAAAGUCGACGAAGCUUGGAGAUAAACUCUCUCACACAGAUGAAAUAACUGUCACAAUAUAUUGGAACAGAUCAUACCUCUCACUGUUCAGUGGGAAAUACUUGCUGUUGCACCAGAAUGCACCAUCAAGCUUCAUGUUAAACAGCAAGGACAGUGACCGGUCUAAAAGUCUGACCACAGGGACAGCAGGUAUUGCAGAAGAGAGAUAAUGCACCAAACAGACUUUUAAUUUCAUUCACAAGUGUUCUCCACAGACAGGUGCUUCGGCUGCUCUGCGGCUCUCCGGCACUGUGGCACUGUGGCACCACUGGGCUGUGGCUUCGCGAACAACCUCGCUGCUGGAACCCAGCCUACUGCAAGAGAACAGAACCAGGCCAUCACCAUGCAUUUAUUAUGUGACUGAUUACCUGAUUCUGUUCAGCUGUCUGGCCUCCAGCUGGAACACUCCGUCUCUCCCCAGCAGCCGGCGCCCUAACCACACCCCACUGCCACACCAUCCUACAGUAAUCCUCUUUUGUGCACUGAAACAUGAGUUCCUGUAAAUACACGUCAAUUAUUAAAGGAAUACUUUACCCACAUCAAUUACUCACCCAGUGUUACCUUGAGUUUCUCACAUGCCUCCACAGUGAACAAAGAAUCAAAAAACAGAGAAAAGUCUUGAUGAAUUACAAACUCUCACACAACUCGUGUAUAAUCCAAGUCUCAUUUAUCAAUAUGCUCCUUUUUAGCAUCUUCGCUAAAACCAGGCUAUUGCACGGAAAAGUAUCAAGUCAGGGCAAAGCGUGAGACUGUUGCGUGUGUUUUAAACGGUAAGGUUUUAGUGAAAAUGCAUGUGUUUGGGAAUUAGUGAGCAUACGACUGGAUACAUGAGACUUGUGUGAGAGUUUAGAUUGAAUUUUCUCCGGUUUUAGAUUCUUUGUUCACUGUGGAAGCAUGGGCAAAAAACUUUUUUUCACACACAGGGUGACUAACUGAUGUACAAAUGAGCAUUUGAAUUAUUCCUUUGAGGGAAGAUUUUAGUUGGGACAAAGAUAAAACCUAAAAACUUAGCAUACUCCAAUGGAGCAAAAAUAUGCCUUUGAAAGAUUCCAGCUGCUUUAUGCAAACUGAAGGUGUGAGCAGGAAAGUGUGAAAUGACAGUGAUGGAGCACAACAGCCAGUGUGGCCAGUCAGAUGGAUUUCAUGUAUUUUGUCCACAGAGGGGCGCUGUGACACCAAAUGAAGAAAAUUCAACCCAGGUACACUUGGGAAUCUGGGAAUCUGGCCACACUUGUGAUACGAGGGAGAAGUCAAGUCCCUGCUUGUGUGUUGUAUUUCAAAUGUCAAAGAAAGUGCCCAAAUGCUUAAGACUGCAAUCAUGUUUGAUGUUUAUUAGAGCUCAGUGAGACACAGUGAGACCAUCCAGUCACUCAGGACAAUACACAGCUCAGUCGAGCUCAGGAGGUUUUAUUCUAUUUUCACAUUCAGAAAUCAUCAAUUAUUUCUGGUUUGUAUUUAUUAAACGAUUUCUCAAAAUCACAACUUCUUUAUAAAAUUCACAAAUCUGCAGCCUCUCAUCCAGACUUUGUACCUCUAUUAUCUACAAUAUGACCAACAGAGAACAUCUCAGAACACGUGCACAUCUGUCUUGUCCAAAUCUGGAGUCCAAAAACUGUAAUUGUGAUUUAUGCCUCCCAAGGAAAAUGUUUCUUGUGAGGAGGGUAGAAAGUAUCUAACUUAUUAACAAGAAAUAAAACCAGAAAAUAAGUGCAAAAAUUGUGAUAUUCUGCAAAUACAGUUAGUACAGCUCUGACUUUAAUGCUAUAAAUCUCUCUAUAUUUAUAUGUAAAUGCUGUAUGUACUGUAAAAGACACGUCUGUAAAAAUGUAAAUAUAUUGUUUUCUACAGAAAUUUAUGUUGAGAAUUAUAAAGGAUUACUCGGA